GGCCGUGGGGGCCGCUGGGAGUUGUAGUCCGCGCGGGGCGAGGGCACGAGGCCUGGGUUCCGCUUCCUUCCGGUCGUUAACGCCCACGGGCUCGCGCGGCGCCGCCUCCUGGGCUUCGUUACCGCGGACGCCAGUACCGGGCUCCAGGAGACGCAGGGCGACGCCAGACGCCGGGGCGGCCGACUGGGUCAGCGCGGGCUGCGCCUCCUCGCCAUGGGCCCCCUCUCGGCGCGGCUGCUAAUGCAGCGCGGACGCCCCAAGAGCGACCGGCUGGGGAAGAUCCGGAGUCUGGACCUGUCAGGAUUGGAGCUGCUCUCCGAGCACCUGGACCCCAAGCUCCUGUGCCGCCUGACGCAGCUGCAGGAGCUUGACCUGUCUAACAACCAGCUGGAGACGCUGCCGGACAACCUGGGCCUGUCCCACCUGCGUGUCCUCCGCUGCGCCAACAACCAGCUGGGGGAUGUCACUGCCUUGUGCCAGUUCCCCAAGCUCGAGGAACUCAGCCUGGAGGGCAACCCCUUCCUGACGGUCAAUGACAACCUGAAAGUCUCCUUUCUCCUGCCCACGCUCCGUAAGGUCAAUGGCAAGGAUGCGUCCUCAACUUACUCUCAGGUGGAGAACCUGAAUCGGGAGCUGACCAGCAGGGUCACAGCUCACUGGGAGAAGUUCAUGGCCACACUGGGCCCUGAAGAGGAGGCUGAGAAGGCCCAGGCGGACUUUGUGAAGUCGGCUGUCAGGGAUGUCCGCUACGGGCCUGAGUCCCUCAGCGAGUUCACCCAGUGGCGGGUGCAGAUGAUCUCUGAGGAGCUGGUGGCCUCCAGUAGGACCCAGGUGCAAAAGGCUAACAGCCCAGAGAAGCCCCCAGAAGCUGGAGCUGCCCACAAGCCCAGGGCCAGACUGGCGGCCUUGAAACGGCCAGACGACAUCCCACUCAGUCUCUCUCCCAGCAAGCGGGCAUGUGCCUCCCCAUCGGCCCAGGUGGAGGGCGGCCCUGUGGCAGGCUCCGAUGGCAGCCAGCCUGCUGUGAAGCUGGAGCCCCUGCACUUCUUGCAGUGCCACAGCAAGAACAACAGCCCCCAGGACCUCGAGACCCAGCUGUGGGCCUGUGCCUUCGAGCCGGCCUGGGAGGAGGGGGCCACAUCCCAGACCGUGGCCACAUGCGGCGGAGAGGCUGUAUGCGUAAUUGACUGCCAGACGGGCAUCGUGCUCCACAAGUACAAGGCACCCGGCGAGGAGUUCUUUUCUGUGGCCUGGACCGCCCUGAUGGUGGUUACACAGGCCGGCCACAAGAAGCGUUGGAGUGUGCUGGCGGCCGCAGGCCUGCGGGGCCUGGUCCGGCUGCUGCACGUGCGUGCUGGCUUCUGCUGCGGGGUCAUCCGGGCCCACAAGAAGGCCAUCGCCACCCUGUGCUUCAGCCCCGCCCACGAGACCCACCUCUUCACGGCCUCCUAUGACAAGCGGAUCAUCCUGUGGGACAUCGGUGUGCCCAACCAGGACUACGAAUUCCAGGCCAGCCAGCUGCUCACACUGGACACCACCUCCAUCCCCCUGCGCCUCUGCCCUGUCGCCUCCUGCCCGGAUGCCUGCCUGCUGGCCGGCUGUGAGGGCGGCUGCUGCUGCUGGGACGUGCGGCUGGACCAGCCCCAAAAGAGGAGGGUGUGUGAAGUGGAAUUCGUCUUCUCUGAGGGCUCGGAGGCAUCUGGACGGAGAGUGGAUGGGCUGGCAUUUGUGAAUGAGGACGUCGUGGCCUCCAAGGGGAGCGGCCUGGGCACUAUCUGCCUGUGGAGCUGGAGGCAGACGUGGGGGGGCCGGGGCAGCCAGUCCACGGUGGCAGUGGUAGUCCUGGCGCGGCUGCAGUGGUCGCCCACCGAGUUGGCCUACUUCUCGCUCAGCGCCUGCCCUGCAGAUAAGGGGAUUGUGCUCUGUGGGGAUGAGGAGGGCAACGUGUGGCUCUAUGAUGUCAGCAACAUCCUGAAGCAGCCACCCCUACUGCCGGCAGCCCCGCAGGCCCCCACGCAGAUUCUGAAGUGGCCCCAGCCCUGGGCCCUUGGCCAGGCGGUGACCAAGACCAUGGUGAACACGGUGGUGGCCAAUGCCUCCUUCACCUACCUCACUGCCCUGACGGACUCCAACAUCGUAGCCAUCUGGGGGAGGAUGUAGCCUCACGCCAUCGCAAAGGACCAGGGACGCAGCUAACUAACUAAAACUAACUUAUUCAGCUUUGGGCCGAUGGGGGUGGGGGGUUUAUCAUCAAUCAAUCAGUGAAUAUUUUUAUUAAACUCUCUACUGUGGACAA